AGAGCCGACGCUCCGUCGUCCGCCGCUUGCUUUCCCAACCCAAUCCUGAAACCUGCCUUCACUGUUCGUUGUCUUUCCAGUUUUUUCUCUCCCUAGCUGGUGCCAAUGAGAGGAAGGAGUUACAGUCCAUCUCCACCGAGGGGCUAUAGCAGAAGAGGGCGGAGCCCUAGUCCUAGGGGCCGUUCUGGAGGCCGUGCUAGAGAUCUCCCUACCAGCCUUCUGGUUCGCAACCUCCGUCAUGAUUGCAGGCCUGAAGACAUUCGGAGGCCAUUUGAGAGAUACGGCCCUAUCAAAGACAUAUACCUGCCUAAAGAUUAUUAUACUCGGGAACCUCGAGGUUUUGGUUUUGUGCAGUAUGUUGAUCCUCAAGAUGCUACAGAGGCCAAAUAUGGGAUGGACGGUCAAGUUCUGCUUGGCAGGGAGUUGACUGUUGUCUUUGCAGAGGAGAACAGGAAGAAACCAACUGAAAUGAGGCAUAGGGAGCGAGGAAGGGGGGGUCGUUUUCGUGAUCGAAGGAGGUCUCCUCCUCGCUCACCUCGAUAUUCUCGUUCUCCACCUCCACGUCAUGGGAGAUCUAGGUCAAGAAGUCAAGAUUACUACUCUCCUCCUAGAAGAAGUUAUCAUUCAAGGUCAAUUUCCCCACAAGAGCGAAGGUACAGUAGAGAGAGAUCAUAUUCACGUUCUCCACCAUAUAAUGGAUCAAGAAGCCAUAGUCGAACUCCAAAUAGAGGCCAGAGCCGCAGCAGAAGCCAGACCCCCAGGCAAAGCAGAAGCCGAAGCCAGAGCCCAAGGCGUAUCCCAAACCCAAUCCCAAACCCAAGCAGAAGCAGAAGCCAGAGCCUUCACCAAGAGGAUUACCCUAGGGAACUAAACGGAGGAAGGUCACCUAGACGUUGAUGACAUGCUAGCAUCUUUGGUCUGUAGUCCUAUAGUUUUAGGCAGUCGGUGUUUGUAUUGAACAUGUUAGGAUACUUUCUGGUAUCAGUAAAAACCUAAAGACCUGUUAUUUAAAGACUCUAAGGUAACUCUUCCCAUGGAAUGGUUUUCGUAGACGGUAGACGUUAAAUAUAUUGAUUCAUCUAUUGCCCCGGUGCUAAUUUUGUUUGGUGGGGUAGAGUUAUUUGUGUGUAGUUGUACUGAAUUGAACUCAGAUUCUUUUUCCAGAGGAUUUGAGGGGUGAGGGUUGAGCAUUUAAGCCUGUUUUGUUUGGUAGAAAGGCAGGUGACGAGAUUGGCUACUAAAAGGAUCAACUUUUG